AGUGAACUGUCAAAACAAGCGAGGACGCCAAUCUCCACCAUACCAUCAGGAAAUAGAAAAAAAGGACAAACAUCAAUCGCUCCCCAGUGAUAUGUUCGAACGUUAUCUUACAGCCCUGCAGUAUCCUCGCGUAGGACAGCUAAAUAUCGAUGAUCCGAAGGAUUUCCGCUGCUUCAUGAUGUGGCUGGAGGAUCAGAAGAUUCGCUUCCUGCCGAUCGACGAGCGGGAACCGCUGCGGAAGGUAAACGCACCGGACGAAUGGAACCGGGCGUACGAAAAGUACAAGAAGGACAUCAAGGUGCCGGAGCACCUGAAGUCGAAGCAGGAGCAGGUAACGUGGCUGCUGCUGUACGCGAUCCGGCUCGAGUACACAGACAACGCGGACCAGUACCGCGCGCUGACCGGUGUGCGCAAGCUGCAGCAAGAGUCGCAGAAAACGACCGUCCCGGAGGUACAGUCGGCGAACCCGUUCGAUAGCUUUGACUUUACCAGCGCGGACUUUGAGGAGGGCUCGUGGAAGCUGGCCGAGCGGCUGGGUAUCGCCUACCAUCCGGAUCAUCUCGUGUCGCUGCGGGCGGCCGCCAAAGUUAUCAGCGGUGCGUACAACAGGGAAGCGCUGAAGGAGCGCCCCAUCACCGGGCAACCGUUCCCGAUCGAGCAGGGCAGCGGGAUGGGCCUGGAGGCCGACGAGGAGCUGGAGCAGUGCGCAAGGAUAAUGCGCCUGCUGCAGAUUCAAAACAUUCGCACGCUGCAGACGACGAUCAACGAAACGAUCGUGGCGGUGCAGAAUGUGACGGCCGAUCCGCGCACCGACACGAAGCUGGGGAAGGAAUUUCGCUCGCUGAUCUCAUGGCUGGAGGACCAGAAGAUACGCCACUACACGAUCGAAAACCGGGAGCAGCUGAAGCAGCUCGGCUCGGUCGACGUGUGGGACGCGGCGUACGACAAGUACAAGACCGAUGUCGGCCUGCCGUACGAGCUGGCCACGCGCCAGGAGCAGCUGACCUGGCUGCUGCUGCACGCCGUCCGGCUCGAGUACUCGGACAACGUGGACACGUACCGGCCGCUGAGCGGGGCGCGCAAGGCGGAGGCCGAGCAGAAGAAAUCGACCGCGCCGGAGGUGAAGUCGACCAACCCGUUCGACAGUCUCGACUUCACCAACGCCCAGUUCGAGGAGGGUGCGCGCAAACUGGCCGACCGGCUCGGCAUAGCCUACCAUCCGGACCAUCUGGUGUCGCUGCGGGCGGCCGGCCGCGUCAUUCACGACUGUCUGAACAGGGAAGCGCUGAAGGAGCCGCUCAUCACCGGGCAACCGUACGUUGGGGUUGGGGCCGCCGCAGUCGGUAGUAAUGGAACGCCGGCUGGCAAACCGCCGACACCCGCGCCCACCGAACGGGAGGUGGAAAAGGCCGCCCAGAUACUGCGGUUGCUGCAGAUACGGAACAUGCGCUCGCUGCAGACGACGAUAAACGAGACGAUCGUGGCGGUGCAGAACGUGACCGCCGAUCCGAAGACGGACUCGGCGCUGGGGAAGGUGGGCGUGUAGUGGGCAGCGGGAAGCAAUACUUGUGAUACGUACAACUGCGUACAUACUUAAACUAUGUUAUUAAUUAAUAAAACUCCGGUCAAUCAUUGUUUCUAUUUAA